ACAAAGCAAACCUCUUUUUCUUUACUUCAAUUGCCAACUCAGACACUUUACUUCAGCCAAAACGUCUGAUCUCUCUCCUUCUCUCUCUCUUUGAACUCAAUGCAUCUUUGCGGAAUCUAAACCCCAUUAAUAAUUAAAAAAAACUGAAUGAUUUUACACAAAUCUAGCUAGGCAAAGCAGAAGCUUUAUCUAAAAAAUAUAACCUUUGUUUAUCUUAGCUCUCUACCUGUCACUACUUCUGCACCGUAAAUAAAGACGCCUCAUUAAAAUCCACUUGAUUGUUAAGAGUUUUUCCUUCAGUAUUUCCUUGUCAAAACAGUACUGAAAGAAACACACUUUUUUUCCUGUCAUGCACUCAAGCUUGUUCCUUUUUCAAUGAGUUGGGGUUGUCUUAGCUCUUCUUCUUGGGGGGUGAAUGGGGUGUAUAUUUUCUCAGUUGGCUGCAAAAUUUGCUUUCUUUCCUCCAUCUCCACCAACAUAUCAGAUCAAGAAAUGUGACAAUGGGAAACUCACAGUGGUUUCAUCUUCUUCUUCAAUGCCUAUUACUGUUGCUGAUGACACUUCUUUGGAUGUGCAUUUGAUUGACACCAAACGUGGGAACAAGGUUGUUGCUUUUUAUUUGAAAAGCCCAUAUGCACGCCUUACUGUGCUAUAUUCUCACGGCAAUGCUGCCGACCUUGGCCAGCUCUACGACCUCUUUGUCCAGCUCAAGGUCAACCUCAGAGUCAAUCUUAUGGGGUAUGACUAUUCUGGCUAUGGAGCUUCUACUGGUAAGCCAAGUGAAUCAAACACUUAUGCUGAUAUAGAGGCUGUGUAUCAGUGUCUUCAGACUGAGUAUGGAAUUAGCCAGGAAGACUUAAUUUUAUAUGGACAGUCAGUUGGAAGUGGGCCAACAUUACAUUUGGCAGCUAAACUUCCGAGGCUAAGAGGUGUAGUUCUGCAUAGUGGCAUUCUUUCUGGCCUUCGUGUGCUCUGUCAUGUUAGUUUCACAUUCUGCUUCGACAUUUAUCAGAAUAUCAAUAAAAUUCAGAAGGUGAAGUCCCCUGUGCUUGUAAUACAUGGUACAGAAGAUGAUGUUGUCAACUGGCUGCAUGGAAAUGAACUCUGGAAAAUGGCAAGGGAGCCAUAUGAGCCUUUGUGGAUCAAAGGAGGUGGUCACUGCAACUUGGAGCUCUACCCCGAUUACAUACGCCAUCUUUGCAAGUUCAUUUAUGAAAUGGAGAGCUUGACAACAGAAAUUCGCCUUAAUAGGAUUCGGCAGAGUCUCAGUCAACCAACAAGGUCAAAUACUAGUUCCUCAGUUACUAGUGACAGGUGCUGUAAGAUUAAAUUAUGCCAACCCAAAUGUCCAAAACCAAGAUGCGGUAAAUGUUGCUGGUGGCCUAUGUGCUCUUGUUGUUGGAGACCUAGCUGUGUAAACUGUUGUUGGAAACCAAACUGCUCUAAAUGCUUGUCGGGUUGUUCCAGCUGCUGCAUCAAAUGUUCACAGUGGAGAUGUUGUGUGGAUACACAUAAUCAGGUAAAUGGAAAGCAGCAGGGCUAAUGGUGAUAAAUGUGCUCUUUAUAGAUUACUCAACUUGCAACACCCCACCCCCCCUCUAAUCAUUGGCAGUAGUGUACAAAACAAGAGGAAGUACAUUUUUUCUGAUAAUUUUUAGGAAAAUUUGAUUGAAUGUUUAAUCAUAUUGCGUAUUCUUAAAAUUGUGAUUAAUUAUAAGCUGGUUCAAAAAAAAAAAAAC